AUGAAAGAAACCAACGGAAACACCAGUGUUGAAAUUGAAAAGCCAGAUCAACAACACGAUCUAGGUCUCUAUUUCUUGGAGCUCUGUCGCCGGAAAGUGAAGGAAGAGUUGGAGGAUUACGACGGCGACGAUGAGAAGGAAGAAUCUCCGACUGAGCUCAAUACUUUGAACAGUUCGGGAGGUUUUGUUGUGGUGGCGACGGAUAAGCUUUCGGUGAAGUAUGUGAAUGUGAAUCUUCAUGGUCAUGAUGUUGGUGUUAUUCAAGCUAAUAGAGUUGCUCCGAUGAAGAGGAUUGUUUAUUACUUUGAGAUUACUGUUAAGGAUGCGGGUGUUAAAGGUCAGGUUUCGAUUGGGUUUACGUCGGAGAAUUUCAAGAUGCGGAGACAGCCUGGGUGGGAGGCUAAUAGCUGUGGAUAUCAUGGGGAUGACGGUCUCCUUUACCGUGGACAUGGCAAAGGGGAAAACUUUGGUCCAACCUAUACCACUGGUGAUAUAGUUGGUGCUGGAAUUAACUAUGCUGCUCAGGAGUUUUUCUUCACUAAAAAUGGACGAGUUGUUGGCACAGUCUACAAAGAUAUGAAGGGUCCACUUUUCCCAACUGUUGCUGUUCAUAGCCAGAAUGAAGAGGUACAUGUUAAUUUUGGUCAGAAACCAUUUAUCUUUGAUCUAAAGGAGUUUGAAGCACAAGAAAGAAUGAAGCAGCAAGUGAAAAUAGAGGAUAUUCCUGUGGUACCAAAUGCCAGAAUUGUCCGUUCCUAUCUGCUACACUAUGGCUAUGAAGAUACAUUGGAUUCAUUUGAUUUGGCUAGUAGGAGUACUGUUCCUCCUAUAAAUAUAGUGCAAGAUAAUGGCAAUGAUGACCAAGAAACGACAUAUGCACUGAAUCACAGAAAGACUCUCCGGCAGCUAAUCAGGAUUGCUGAGGACAAUACAUCAGCUAUGUGUUUUCUGCUUCAUUGCCAAAAAUUUAUCGAACUAGUUCGGUAUAUUCCUUUUCAGUAUUUAGUUUGUAAUUAUUGGAAUCUUGUCUUCUAUUCUUACCUGGAUAUUGCUGCAUGUGAUAUUAAGGUUGGAGCACUGGAGGAGGCUGUCAAAUACGGAAGAAUAGAACUGUCAAGUUUUUUUGGGUCGUCUGUCUUUGAGGAUUUAGUUCAGGUGGGUUUUCUUACUCAUAACUAG